AUGGACAGGGCUGCUGAACAAUGCCUCACCUUGAGUCAGGGCCUUCUGACGCUGAGAGGAUGGAUUCAGCCCUCGCGAUCUUCAGUGGACAAUAGUGCAGGAGUCAUUGCAUUCUGCCUGGUUUGUAAAGAAGGAUACCUCCUCAUCUUGUUCCUCUUCUCCAUUUGCCAGGAGCUGCCGAAGUAUUUGCGAGGUUACCACGCCUGCACAAAGGAAGAAGCCAUCCAAAAUGCUGCCUUCCUUUACAGAGUCAAGUUCGGCGAUGACAAAUCCCAGUUCGUCCACAUUCCCAAAAUGCUGAAGGAUCUGGUCCCCCGGGACAUGGUUCGGACAAUGUCGUCGGAGGAAUGGAAGAAGUCGAUCGUGGCCGUGUGUAACAGGCACACAGGGAAGACCGAGGAUGAGGUGAAGCUGGCAUUCCUGAAACAACUCAGCCGCUUGGCAACUUUCGGAUCGGCGUUUUUCGAAGUGAAGCAAACAUCUGAGUCCAGUUUUCCAGAUAUUGUCCGGAUAGCCAUCAACAAACAAGGAGUGACACUGAUCAACCCACAGACAAAGGCAGCUUUAGUGACUCAUCCCUUCAACAAAAUCUCCAACUGGUGCAGCGGCAGUACCUACUUCCACAUGUCAGUCGGUAACCUGGUGCGAGGGGGGAAGCUACUCUGUGAGACCUCACUGGGUUACAAGAUGGAUGACCUUCUGACCUCCUAUGUCCGUGCCUACCAAGCUACGGUGAAGCAGAAACCAGCCCGACACCUCGCCUGACCAGAUCAAUGUGGCCGGAUUUCAGUGUGGCCGCUAGGAGAGUCCUACUACUCUCUCUCUCUCUCUCUCUGUCUGCUGCCUCUCCAUCUCUCCAACAUCUCUCUCCUUCGCCUUUCCCCUCCUCCGUCCACUCUCUCUUCCCAGUCCAGUUUGGACUGAGUCAUUGAGUUCCCACUUAGGAAUCGUUGUGAUGAAGUUGUUAAUGAGCAUCCGAGUGCAGUUCACUCCCAAGUGGAAGAAACGUCAUUCGAAAUGCAAUCAAAGGAGCUUGGAUCUGAAAUGAUUAAUAUCCCCCUUACAUAUUGCAGAUCUAACCACGUUCCUUGCGUAAAGACUCUCUGGGCUCCUUCUUUCUCCCGGAGAAUGUUGGAGCUGGUUUUGCUAAUUCAUCGUGGUGUGUCCCGCAGUGCCUCUCGGACUUACUCAACACAAACUCAAACCUUUUUGGGUUUCUUAAACGUCCGGCAGACGGCUCAGAUGGGUUCGUGCAUUCAGUGCUUUCGUUCACGUGUCACCCUGAGCAGGGUGAAAUCUUCCGAGAAUCCGUGGUGUCUCCGGACCAAGGCUGGCCCCCUGCUUAAUGCCAUCAGUGGUGUCACUGGUGCUUCGAUACUGAGGAGCCCACGUGCCCACCCAGUGUCACCCAGUCUCCUUUACUUUGAGUGGACACCUUGCUAGGGGUUUCCCAAUGCUCACCCAUGUAACUGGGAGGCACGUGCCAUUGCUUUCCCAAUGAUCCCAUGUCUACAGUGGACCUCUGUGCCACAUCCUAGCUGUGUGACGGGAAUGGCCUGAAGAGCUCAGUCGCGUGGCUGGUGUGCUUUGUAACCUGGAACGUGACAGAUUUACCAGGCUGUCGCUGGGAAUCGAGGGUUUGAGUUAUAAGGAGGGGCUGGACACGCUGAGACCUUUCUCACUGGAACGUCGGAGGUUGA